AAAAUGGCUGACAGAGGAUGACACACGCUGCGUUUCAUUCAUCACUAGCCAUAUUUUCCUAAAUAAUACAUUUCUCGUUGAAACACAGUAUUGGACGAACACCUUAUGAUGUUCGGGAGUUUUUCGCAAAUUGUAAAUUCUUAAAUCACGGAGGCAAACUCUUCUUGAUUGUGUUAUUUAUCAUCUUGACCCUGACGGUAAGUUGUUUUAACAUCAUAACAUGGCCACAGUUGCAGCUAAACGCGAGGGACCGCAGUUCAUCAGCGAGGUGUCUGUCAGGGGAAACGCCGCUGUGCUCGACUACUGCCGAACAUCCGUGUCGGCUUUGUCCGGGGCUACAGCGGGUAUACUCGGUUUAACGGGACUAUACGGCUUUGUAUUUUACUUUCUUGCAUCAUUCUUGUUAUCGUUACUCCUAAUUCUGAAAGCUGGUCGACGAUGGAACAAGUGCUUCAAAUCCAGACGACUGCUCUUUACUGGAGGGCUCGUGGGGGGCCUCUUUACCUACGUGCUCUUUUGGACUUUCUUGUAUGGAAUGGUGCACGUGUACUGAACAGAUUCCGAAAACAGAACGUAUAACAGCAAUGCAACGUUGAUGUAGAAAUUAACGAAGUAGAGAUGCUAAUCUCGUAACAGAGAUUAGAGUAGAAAGAGUGCCGAUUGUUGUACCAUUUAUCUUGUCCGUUACUUAAUGUUUAGCCAUUAAAUCUUAAAAAAAAAUUCAGUACUAAUUGACUGCACUGAUUCUCAAUUAUUUAAAUAUUGUAUGUAGUCAAAUUCUUUCCUACCCUUUUAACUUGAUAUUUCCUAAUACUUAUUUUCAGAGCAGGAAUGGUUUUGGAAUGUAGUAUUGUCCUUUAACAACACUUAUCUGUAUUGUCCUUUAACAACACUUAUCUGUUAGCUUUGCAUUAUGUGAAACACUCUGUGAACUCCAGGUUUUGCCAAGAACAAUGUAAUACCAACACAUUACCAACCAUUACCAUAAAUCACAUUCAUCUAUCUCAGAUAUUUUCAAAAUAAAUCUUUAACCUUA